CUGCAUCUGCGUCUGUGCAUAAGGGUGCACGUGAUGUUGCUUUGAAACCUGACGGUGUUUCCCUCCCAUUUUCCUCUGACACACUACUUCACUUUGUUUAAUUAAUGCCACGUUAUUAAUGAAAAGCAGCGGGCCACAUGAUCAUCCACGCCUUCCUCCUCCCUGUUCUUGAUAAUAAUUCAUAAUUCGUGCAUAAUAAUGAGGUGUGGGAGUGGUGUUUUCAUGCAGUCUGGCUGCUCAUAGCCUCAAAGCAACAUUAAGUUAGAGUUAGUCGCUCCUCACCGAGUCAUCAGCGCUGCAGGCUGCAUGAGAGGCGGAUAAUGCGCCGUGCCAGGAUCUGGAUCCGACCGAAGUAGAGCAGCAGGAGAAGAGGAGGACCGGAGCCGCCGCAGGCCAAAAUACAUCUAUAAAAGCUGAUGACAGAAGAGGGCUGAGAGUCUGAACUUUUGUGAAGAAACUGUUGCUUCCUUAUUAUUAUUGUCUGGAUGGAUCCUGGACACCUGUGCAGAGACCACACCUCUCUGCACCCGAUGAACCAAACAAAGGACUUCAUGCUGCACCAAUGGGCAAUCACCUGGAUUACCGUCACUCUCCGGUACCCUUACUGUCUGACGUUAUACCUGGAGUAGGAGCGGAUUUACCCUCUCAAAAGAUUGGAACCUUUUCCCAAUCAAAGUGACAUCACAGAGAUGAAUUCAAAAGUGAGGAUGCUCAUUUUCGUCCUGUGUGUGACUGGUGUCUGUGUGUUCUGGAGGGAAUACAUGUCACCGUACUCCCUGCCUAAACAAAAACCCUGCGCUUGUGACCAAUGCUUAUCUGAGGAGGACCCGUGGUUCACACAGCGUUUCGACAAAUCUGUUGAACCAUUUCUGUCAGCGAACUACAGCGUCUCAGAGGAGGCUUUCAACUGGUGGAAGCUUUUACAGGCUGAAAGGCGCAACUUCAGUACCUACAGAAAAACAGUCAAUGGGCUGUUUCAGAUCUUCCCACCUGCUCCAGAUGUUGUAAAAUCCAAGCCUGACCGCUGCAGGACUUGUGCUGUGGUGGGGAAUUCUGGUAAUUUAAGGAGAUCACAUUAUGGACUUCUCAUAGACUACCACGACAUCAUCAUAAGAAUGAACUCUGCCCAUACCAAAGGCUUUGAAGCAGACGUUGGAAGCAGAACAACUCAUCGCAUCAUGUAUCCAGAGAGUGCUGUGGAUUUAGACAACACCACUCAUCUGGUGCUUGUUCCGUUCAAGAUACAGGAUCUGGAGUGGGCCACGAAGGCCUUAACUACAGGAUUUUCUGGACGAUCAUAUGCACCAGUGAAAUCCAAAAUCAAGGCUAACAAGGAUUUGGUGAUGGUGGUCAAUCCAGCUUUUAUGAGGUAUGUUCAUGACAUGUGGCUGGCAAAGAAGGGCAGGUAUCCAUCCACUGGCUUUAUGGCUGUGGUUCUUGCUCUGCAUAUUUGUGACGAGGUCAGUGUGUUUGGUUAUGGAGCAGACAGUGAUGGAAACUGGAGCCAUUACUGGGAAAAACUCAAAUACAAAAAUUUAAAAACUGGCAUUCAUCCCGGAAGUCACGAGUAUGGAAUUAUCGAGGAGCUAGCUAAGCAAGGAAAAGUCAGAUUUUAUAAAGGGUGGUGAUCUUCCUUGCAGCGUUUAAGGCAUCAAAGCCUUGACAGUGAAUCAUUUACAAAGCAAAACAAGAUUAAGAAGGAUAGGCCUUAAAACUCAGGAGACAUCUCUUCUCUGGCUGCACACAAGAACCCUUCAUAGACUACAUGUGUGAUGAAUGUGACUGAUCCUGUCGACAGUGUUUUGUGCUGAGAUGUUUUCACUGUUUAUUUAUUCUCACUUUGUGAUGCUGGACACUGAAAUGCACAACAUAAAUCAACAGGUUCUUCAGGCCAAAAAAUGCUUGAAUUGAAAUUUAAACAUGGUAGCAUGUUUCAGUGCAUGGAGCAUUGUGUUUUUUUCUUGCAAUGGCAGCUCCAACAGGGGAGUGUAUCAGGGGGCAUGAACCCCCUGAUGCAGUUGCUUGCUACCUCACUGGCAUCCCCCUGGCAAUAAUGAUUGGAGGCCACCAUUAGUGUCUUCAAGAGCCUGUUGCGCACUUAAGCUAGCAUUAAGGUGGUGGGACAGCCUGAGGCGUUUGUUGGCACCAAGCAUGUCAUGCUAGCUUGUCAGGAAGGGGGCUAAAUAAUGCUCCAAAGUUUGGCUAAAUUUUGGGAAUGACUUGCACGUCCAUUUUCAAAGGGAUCCCCUUAGCUCUCAUCUCAAGAUCUCUCAACCUGCUCUCAUCCCAACUCAUCAAAUGUCGUAACUUAGUCAGUGGACUUUCAUGUUUACAUAUGAUGCACUAGGUAUCCUCCUACAUGUGUUUUUUCAAAAUAUACUUUUGUUUUCACAGGAAAUGUAGAAUAUUUGCUUGUUAGCUACCUACAGUCUUUUUCAAAAUAAACU